GAAUAAUAACCACCACCACCACCACCAAUUCCACCAAUUCCCCCUCCCAACACUCAUAACUUUCAAUGAUUGUUUGAUCUGUUACGAUAUACUGUAACCAUCUUCACUCAUCACGAAAGGGAGAGCAGUGGAGGUCUUUUUGAUUUUUUCAUUCGAUUCAUCUUCUUCUCUUCUCAUCAUAAUUCUUUUUCCUAUCCGAGAAUUUUAUCUUUCGACUUGGGACCAGUUCCAGAUUGAACCCCAGAUUAUUCGCGAAUCCUCCAGCCUUGACACCACGCACACAUAUUGGGCGCGAUUCGAGAAGAUCAAAGGAAGGGUGUGUUUUGGAGAUUUCCAUUUUGUGUGAUAUCUCUUCCAAUAGAUCAUACACAUACCACGACAAAAUUCAAGAGAAUUGACUUACAUCGGACCAUCAGUUCUUGAAUAUGGUACAACAAGGAAAAAAGGGCAACGACCUUCCCAACGGCGGCACAAAGUACAGAGAACAAUCAGGAAACAUGACGUCGCAAAGAAAAGAUAUGGGAGACGCUCGAGGAAAUGGUAAUGGAAAGGUUGAUGGCAGGUCGCAAAAUGGUAACUCGAGCUUUUUCCGUACAGACACUGCGAUUUCGGGCAACCGAAACCAAGGAGAGCGUGUAUUACAAAGAUGGGUUCCUGACAAGCCCGCCGAUAAUGAUGGUGGCUUGGAAUCGGGUCGAGGAGGAAGAGUAGCUCCUUGGGAUCAAUUCGCAGAGAAUGAGCGACGAUUUGGCUUGAAGACAGACUACGAUGAGAACAUCUACACAACCCAGAUCAACACAAGCCAUCCGCAAUAUUCGCAGCGAGUCGCCGAGGCAGAUCGAAAGGCGAGAGAAAUUGAACGCAGCACGGCAAUGAACUCUCAUGUCGCAGAAGAACGUAUUGCGGACCACACUGGACCAAAUGAGAAUGGACUUGAUGAAGAAGACAAAUACAGUGGCGUUCGCAGACAACAGGAUUUCCCACCCCUCACCGCAUCAAAGGGUGCAUAUCAACCACCUGGAAAGCGUGCUCCAGUUGACCGCGCACCCGCAGCUGCUCCCGUUGUUGCUCCCGUUGCUGCUCCAGUUCCUGCCCCAGUCACUGCCCCAGUUGCUGCUCCGGCAGAUCGUACUCUUGUCGACUCAGCCAUCAUGUUUGCAGGAGCUAAGGCCGAUAAACCCGCCGAUAAACCCGCCGACAAGGCAAAACCAGCUACAGCCGCGAAGUCAACAAAGCCAGAGGUCGCAACUCCACCUGCUACCACUGAUUCAAGUACCACUCCCACUCCAGAGGUCAAAAAGACUGUGGCUCCUUCUGCAAGCCGCACAAUUCCUCCACCAGUCAAACAUCUGGGUGGGCCAAAUGCUACUGCAACUGUCGAGGCUGAUGUUUCCAAGGCUUUCAAGACCUUUGCUGCAACUCAAAGAAACAAUGUUUCACAAAUUCGCGCCAACAAGAUCAAGAAUGAUAAGCAAAUCAAAUUAAAUGACCUCAAGAGAUUUGCCAAUGAUUUCAAGUUGCAUACUCCAGUUCCAUCGGAUCUUGUCCCCAUCAUUGCCAAGGAUCCAGCAAAGCAAAAGGCGAUCCAAGAGAAAGCACAACGCAAUGCUGAAGAAGCAAAGCUCAAUCCUACUGAUUCGGCAAAGCCAAUUACCCCAGGGGCAGACGGAGUUUCUGCACAACGUUCCGCUACUACAACCUCUACUCAUACUAUAUCGCCACCGCCCGUUACAUCUGGUCGCCAAAACGUUAAUCGUGGACCUUAUCCUCAAGGUACCCACAGUUUCACACAAAAUUCUCGCAGUGACAGACCUGUUCAAGCACAGCAGACCAUGCCCCGAAGUGGCACCGCCGGACACUUGGCCCAGCGAUUGAGAAAUAUCGAACAAAAUAGACCAGCUCAAGUUCCAUCCAAUGUCAUGCCAGCCCAUGAAGCCAGACUUCCUCCUACUGGUCCUUCGAACGCUGCCGAUUCAAAUUUCUCCCGUCGUUCGAGUGGCGUGGCGAGUGCGCAAGGUGGCCCAAGAUUGAAUGCUAGCGUCAGCGAAUUCCGGCCCAAUGCAUUCGCAAAAGACUUUAGCCCCGCUGGUCCAAGCAGUGGCUCAAGUCCUCGUUCAGCAGCCAAUGCUCCAGAGGCUUCAACAACACCAGUCGCACGUUCCUUGAUUCGCCGCAAGCCAAUGGCUAAGAGCGCUCGUCCUUCACUUCAAGGCAAAUAUGAUGCAAUGGAGCUCAUCAAGACUCUUAAGCCAGGAGAGGGGAAGAAUUGGCUAGCAAAUGGUGGUUUGAAGCCAGCUUAUGACACUCAUUUGCUCUGGAAACUUACUGCUGGUGAUGCACCAACGGAGUCUUAUAUACAAGUCUUUGAAAAGGCACCAUUCCCUACUACCACACCCGUUGUAUCGGAGCCUCACCCACCACAAGCAGCUCCACAAGUACCACACCAACAUCAAUUGCCAUUCCAUCUUCAAUCUGGCGUUCACAACAUCAAUGCUAGACAAUCCCCGCGUCAACCGCCUAUCAACAUGCAUGGAGCUCAGAUGGGUCAUCCUGCCCCAACAUUCAAUGCUGAUGAAUUGCGUAUGAUGCCAUCGCAUUCUGCACAAUCCUUUUCAUCACCAAGAAUGCAACAGCUUCCAAUGGCAGCCUUCCAUUCUCCCAUGGGGGGAAAUGCUCAAUUGGCUUACAACCCACAGAUGGUCUCUUACCCUGGUGCACCUCAAAUGCCACCAUUCAGAUCCCUUUCGCAAACUCAUCAAUUUAUGCCACAACAAGGUCAUAUGGGUCAACCAAUUAUGAUGGCUAACCCUGCAGGUGGAUUCAUUCCUCCACAAUCAAUGGGACCUGGUCCACAAAUGAUGUAUCCACCCGCACAAGGUCAAUUCAUGCCACCAAAUAAUGGACAUCCUCCAGCUAUGCCAAAUGGCGGUUAUCCAAGUCCGGGCCGAGGUGCUCCAAUGAUGAUGAAUCAAGGUUCGCAACAAGGUCACCCACAACCUAUGUAUGGUAUGAGCCCAGUCCCUCAAUAUGGAACACCCGUUUUCCCGCAACCAAUCCCAAAUCAAAUGCCAAUGCGAGGUGGUGCUUAUGGAGCACCAAACCAAUACGCUACAAGCCCUCAGAAUAUUCAAGGCGGUCCAAGAAAUCAGUAUAACCCAGAUUUCAAUGGCAACAAACAAAAUUUCCGACACAACCAACACCCACAUGGCCCACCCAACAACCAAGUCCCUACUGGCCCUCAAGCUCAAACUAAUCCUGGGGCUGAUGAGAGUAAAUGAGCGAAGAUGCUCUGACUUUGGAAAAUAUAUUCAUCACGUCGAUGCUUUAGCAUCAUGCAUUUUGACAAUAUGGAGGAGAACAGCAUCAAGUCUAUGAUCUUUAUUUGUCGCAUCUUUAUAGUGAUUGCAUCAGUAUAGUUCAUUAGACCUUAUUUGGAUCAUUGGCAUCAAUAAUCCAAAGAUCAGGGCAGUUGGAUCCAUCCCACCGGUUUGAUCUCAAAUCAAUGGUGGUAUUCAUUGGUACAAAGUUAUUUUUUUGCUUAGCUGUGUAGUAUGGAGAAUUAUAUACUGCCUUUGAGAUGUAUAUCUGAUGAUUGUAUCAGAAGAUUUGACCAAAUUGAUGGAUUCGACUGCUAUUAAGUUUAUUGGACAACUCACAAUCCAACUGUACAGUGGGGUGGAAGGAAGGGAACCAUCUGCAUGGAAUGUUUUUAUCUUCAAAGAAAUAAUCAUUCAUUAAGCAUUUGGUGAGCUGGCCAGAAUAGCAGAUGCGAUGCAGGAUUCCAUCUUAUGAGAGAUGGCUUGAUGAAAAUGUACACAUUGAGAUAUGAUGGAAGGAAUGAAUGAAUUAUAAAGAAUUUUUUUUUGCUGAUGGGGUAGUGGAUUAUACUUUUCUACUGCUAUUGUGGUUAUGUAUCUUACAUAGCUUUAGAUUUAUAUACAUAAACACCAUUCCAUCACCAUUUUUUUUUAGGUUUUGAUAUGAUGUAAGGCGAUGUG